UCGCGAGACUUGCGACAGGAGCUUGGACUUGUCCGGCGUCGCUGCCAGAGAAAAGGCCAACCAGCUACCAUGGGGAACAUUUUUGGCAACCUUUUAAAGAGUCUUAUAGGAAAAAAAGAGAUGCGGAUUUUGAUGGUCGGCCUGGAUGCAGCUGGGAAAACCACGAUCCUGUACAAACUCAAGCUUGGAGAGAUAGUCACAACAAUUCCCACUAUUGGGUUUAAUGUGGAGACAGUGGAGUACAAGAACAUCAGUUUUACAGUGUGGGAUGUUGGCGGUCAGGACAAAAUCAGGCCUUUGUGGCGACACUACUUUCAGAACACGCAGGGCCUGAUAUUCGUGGUGGACAGUAAUGACCGAGAGAGGGUGAAUGAGGCCAGAGAAGAGCUGAUGAGGAUGCUGGCUGAAGAUGAACUGAGAGAUGCAGUGCUGCUGGUGUUUGCUAACAAGCAGGAUCUGCCAAACGCCAUGAAUGCUGCAGAGAUCACUGACAAGCUGGGCCUUCACUCACUCCGUCACCGUAACUGGUAUAUUCAGGCCACCUGCGCCACCAGCGGCGACGGCCUGUACGAGGGCCUUGACUGGCUGGCCAACCAGCUCAAGAACAAAAAGUGAGGCGAAUCUGUGGACAGCUGAGCUGCAGCUCAUCAGGGAGCACCAGUGGGUUUCUUUUAUUGUGUUUACAAGAUGAGAGUGGAGAGAGCAGGCCGGCUCAGAGUCCAGCUGCGUAGCCUGUACUGUUCUCGCUUUGUAAAAAUGUCACUUUGAACCCUUCACUUCUGUUCUGAUCAAUCUAUAACGAUAUAUAAUGAUAGAAAAUCUCCAUAUCAUGUGUUUCUCUUUCGUCAGUGUAAAGAAAAGGGGGUUGAAGGGUGUGAACUGGUUUAGUAAUCCAUAAUAUAGAGUCCGUAGUGUUAAAUGCAGGUCAUUUAAACUAUUAUAAUGAGCUGCCCUGUUUAAACUGUGUUAAAAUGGCUCGGAGGUCUUAGGUAUCGGAAAUAAAGGUAAGGGAAUUUUCACAUGCAGAACGAUCCAAGAGUACUAGACGUGUUUCUGUUUGAUAUGUUUUUGCUAUAGUAAUGCUGUUGAAGUUUUACUGUAACACUCUGUGAUUAUUAGCAUUUAAAUCUGUGUUGAAACAGUAUUAUGCUUUGACCGCUUGCAUAUAUCGCCCUGUUUUGAGCAGGCCUCUGUAAGAUGUGAGUUGCACAGAUGGAUGACAUAAUCACUACUCGCCUUUUUUCUUUUGCAUGUAGACACUGACUUGACAGAAUGAUACAGUGGCUGCACAUUUCUUAGAUCCUCAAUUACACCUCUUGUCAAAACGAUUUACUGUUUUUGCAUGUUGCCUCUCUAUGGUCAGAUAGUGUGUGCUCUCUCUGUAGCUCUCUGUAGCUCCACGAGUGGUCUAGCUGUUCUUUGGAUCCUUUAGAUGGUUAGAAGCCACUGUGUUCAUAUCACUCAUCAUACUGUAUAUUGCAGAAUGAGAACAAUGAGUUUGGAUAUUUGAAAAGAAAUUGGUAUUAAGUCAUGUACUACUGAUCAAAGCAUGUUUUUUUAAAGCAUCGUCCAUCAUCUCUAUAGUGAUGCUAAAAUUUUGGUGGUUGAAUCAAACGGUUCACUCAACAAAGCCGUGUUAGAACGCAGCAUCCCACGAUACCUCGGCCUGUCUCUCUGCUUAACUGUUUACUUCCUCAGUGAACUGCCCACAAAAAUGUGUGCUUCUUAACUUUAUCGUACUGCUGCUGCCACAUGAACAAUCGUUCUACAUCAUGGUUUAAACAAAUGGGUUCCACUACAAACACACCACAAAAAGUGUUUUUUUUUUGUCUUUGUUCAUUUAUGUCUUAGUGAAUUUGAAAUUAGUGCAAGAUUAUACAUAAACAGCAGCUGAACCAUUAUUUAUUUGUACCAAAUCAGAUUAGAGCCACUUACCAAUUAACAUGUUGAUUACUGACUGCCAUCAAUAACACGUGUGAAUAUACCCAAUAAUUUAUUGAACAAAAUGUCUAAUAAACUCUCUGUGAUGAAA